AUGGCAUUGCUCUCAGCUCUUGCGACGGAGAUCGCGAUCCCAGUCUGUGCCAUCAUCGGGAUCAUGUUCUUCCUGGGUGCUGUGGUGCCUCAAACUGGGUACUUUCUUUCAUCCCUUUUCCCGUCUUGUCCUACUCAUUAUGUUCUUGUCACUCUUCCGCCGGUGGGAUAUGACACUUACACUGUCCAGCUUGCCGAAGGUGUGAAAUAUAUUCUGUACAAGCAGUACCGGUAUGCUAGAGUUUUCAUGGUUGCUUUUGCGAUUCUAAUUUUCGUCUGCCUUGGUUCUGUUGAGAGAUUCAGCACCCAAAGCUGGCCUUGCAAGUUUGAUCCUUCAAACACUUGCAAGCCUGCACUUGCCACUGCCGGUUUCAGCGCUGUUUCAUUCCUACUUGGUGCUUUCACAUCAGCCGUCUCUGGUGUCCUUGGCACGAAAAUUGCUAUCUUUGCUAACACAAGGAUUGUCUUGGAAGAGAGAAACGUCAUUAAAAGCACUUUCACUGUUGAAUCCAGGUCAGGUGCAGUUAUGGGAUUUCUUCUUGCUGCAAUCGGUCUUCUCGUGCUGCUUGCAAUCUAUCUGUUCAAGUUGUACUAUGGCAAUGACUGGGAAGGUCUUUUUGAGACUAUUACCGGUUAUAGUCUUGGUGUAUCUCUCAUGGCUCUCUCGGGAAGAGCCAAUGGUGGAAUCUAUGCCGAGGCUGCUGAUAUUUGUGAUCAUCAGGUUCAAGAGAUUAUGCCAAAAAUCCAACAAGAUGAUCGAAACCCUGCUGUGAUUCCUAAUUAUGUCGGUGACAUUCUUUGGGAUAUUGCUGGUAUGGGGCCUGACUUUUUUGCCUCUUACACCGAAUCAUCCUGGGCUGCCCUUGCUUUUGCUUCCAUCCCUUCUUUCAGAAUUGAUCACGACUGCACUGCUAUGUGUUAUCCCCAGCUUGUCAGCUCUAUGGGUACUCUUGUUUGCUUGAUCACAACUCUCGUGGGGGAAAUCAAGCCUGGAUUGAAGACGCAACUAAUUAUUUCCACAAUUCUAAUAACUGAGGGGGAUUUUUUUUUUUUUUUUUUUGUUAGCUGGAUUGCUCUGCCGUCGUCAUUCACAAUUUACAACUUUGGGUGGCGGAAAGUUGUGAAAGUUGUGAAGAACUGGCAUCUGUCCUUGUGCGUAGGUGUUGCUCUUUGGGCUGGACUAAUUAUUGGGUUUGUCAAUAAAUAUUACACCAACAAACCCUUCAGGUCUGUCUCAAACUUGGCGACAGCGUUAGUGUUAGCCUUGGCUCAGUCAGUAUCCCAUUCUUUUGCCGCCGUUUGCAUUUUAGUGAGUUCCAGAUUUGCCGCCACGUAUGGAAUUGCUGCGGCUGCCCUUGGGAUGCUAAGUACCUUUGCCACUCGAUUGGCCAUAGAUGCUCACCGUCCCAUGAGCGACAAUGCUAAACGCAAGGCUGGGGUGCGCAUCGUGAGAGCCGAAGGCGCUGCUCGCAAUACUACCGCUGCCAUUGGAAAGGGAUUCCCCAUUGAAUCAACUGUCCUGGUUACUAUCACUCUGUUUGGUGCAUUUGUGAGUUGUCUGACAAUGUCUUCUGUUGAUGUCCUGAUGCCGAAGAUCAUCAUCGGGUUGAUCAUGGGUGCCAAGCUUCCUCACUAUUUCUCAGCCAUGACCAUGAAAAGAGUGGGACACGCAGCAUUUAAGCUGGUUCUCGAGGUCCACAUGAAGUUGAAGCCCGGGUUAAACAACUUACCGGUUAAUAACAGACCUAACUGUUAUGCUACUUUCUUCGAAAUUUCAACUGAUGCAUCUGUCAGAGGGGUGAUUCUACCUGGUGCCAUUGUCAUGCUUACACCACUUGUCGUCGGGACUGUCCUCGGUGUGGAGACGUUGUCUGGUGUUUUGGCUAGCUCUCUCAGUUCCAUUGUUCAGAUUGCGAUCUCGGCAUCCAACCCCGGUGGAGGCUGGAAGAAAGCAAACAAGUACAUUCUAGCUGGUGCUUCGGAGCAUGCGAAAAUCCAUUGCCCUAAAGGAGGAGAGAACAUUGGGCACGAAACUUUUACAAUUUUAAAGACCACCGGUGAUUCACGGAAGGACACCUCAGGCCCACCACUCAACAUCCUCAUCCGGCUAAUGGUCGUCGAGUCGCUCCUGUUUGCUCCCUUCUUUGCUACUCACGGUGGUCUGCUCUUCAAGAUUCUCGGACGGAGGGAAUGGACGACUUCCCUUCUGUAG